GUAAGUGUGUGUGCCAAACCAUGAACAUGUCACGAUCAUUCCUCGUCGACUCCUUAAUCUCCAACACCCCCAAAGAGAUAAACUCGAGAUAUUUACCCCCGAAUUUAAGUGACACAAGACCGAUGUUGCCUUAUCCACAAAACUACAUCAGCAGUUACCUGUUUUCGUUAAGUCUCGCCCAAAACAACCAAGUUUUUACCCCCCACAAAACCCCAAUUCGGCCAGUGGCAUCCAGGGUUUUACCCCCAACGACAGCAAAAGUGGAAGUUUCGUCGGAGAAGAGUGUUUCACCACCAAGGAGUCGGGAUUCAACACCAACUCCAGAAGAACGACUCACUCCCAGCAAAGAGACGUCGAGUAAGAGGAUUAGGACGGCCUUCACCAGCACACAGCUGUUGGAAUUGGAGAGGGAAUUCGCGUCAAAUAUGUAUUUGUCGAGGUUGAGGAGGAUUGAAAUUGCCACGUGUUUGAGACUAAGUGAGAAACAAGUCAAGAUUUGGUUCCAAAAUAGGAGAGUCAAGUACAAGAAGGAGGAUCUACCAGCAGGGAAAAACAUUAACAGUAAAUGUUGCUGUUUAAGGACCUGCAGUUCGGCGAAAAGACCCAAGUUUGAGAGUAAUUGUGAUGAAGACAUCGAUGUUACUAAUAUUGACGACGACCACUGUCAUUAG